AUGCCGGAAGCGGGUAGGAGCUUCGACCUCCGGACGGGUCGCGGUCAAGCAUACCGGAAGAACGCCUCCCGCCUUUGGCGCUUUGAGGACCUGAAAGGCGUCGCCAACUGUUGUCGUGACCGUCUUCAACUGUUCGCCAACCGUCAACUUGGGACCGUCAUUGACGACCUCAUUGACGACCUCACUGGCGACAUCAUUAACGACCUCAUUGACGACAUCAUUAACGACCUCAUUGGCGACAUCAUUGGCGACCGUCUCACAAGAUCGCGAGAGGAGCUGCAUCGCGAGUGGCUACGCCGUGAGGAGCUGCAUUCAAGCAUUCAAGGUCGCCUCGCCGACCGUCGUCAAUGA